GUCACCUGACUCAUAACAGUGAAACCGAAAGCAGAGCAGUAGAAACUGUGGACGCCUUUUCAGAAGAUUCAGGAACAGAAAUGUCUUCAUAUGUUAUGGUUUCAGAAGAGUGCUCACGGUUGCCGCCUUUUAUGCCUGAUAUGGGAGGAGGAGGGAUGCUGGAAAACUGUUGUGGGACAGAGGUCUGAAAUCAAGGAGGAAGAGAAGGAGCAAUUUGUAUGCGAAAUGAGUGUGUCUGAGGAGAGAGAGGAGGAGGCGUCUGUUCACACUCAGAGUAACAGAUCCAUGCAUGAUCCUCCUGUGUUCAGUGAUGGACCAUCUUCAGGAUCCAGCUGUGUGUCCAUGAAGAGUAACAGAUCCAUGCAUGAUCCUCCUGUGUUCAGUGAUGGACCAUCUUCAGGAUCCAGCUGUGUGUCCAUGAAGAGUAACAGAUCCAUGCAUGAUCCUCCUGUGUUCAGUGAUGGACCAUCUUCAGGAUCCAGCUGUGUGUCCAUGAAGAGUAACAGAUCCAUGCAUGAUCCUCCUGUGUUCAGUGAUGGAUCUGCUGUGACCUCUGACCCUGUUAUCAUCAACAGGAACAGGAAAAGAGCAGCUUCUCCAGUAUCCGACUGUGUGUCCAUGAAGAGUAACAGACCCAUGCCUGUGUUAAGUGAUGGAGCAGUGACCUUUGACCCUGUUGGUGGGAGAGCUGACCAGAUCAGAGAUGUGUCCUGUCAGACCAGCACAUCCUCCUCCUGUCAGAAACACAUCAGUCAUCAUGACACAGAAGCAGCCCUGCAGCUCGAUUCUCACCAGCCAGUGCACAAUGAUCUUCAGAGAGUCAAAGACCUGCACAAAACCAGCAUGAAGAACAGAUAUGAGAGCGUAUUUGAGGGAGUCAAACUACAAGAGCAUCAGACGCUCCUGAACAGGAUUUACACACAGCUGUACAUCAUAGAGGGAGAGAGUGAAGGAGUGAAUGAAGAACAUGAGGUGCUACAGAUGGAGAAAAGUUAUAAGACACUCCAAGACACUCCAAUCAACUGCAAUGACAUCUUUGAUCCUUCACCUGAACCAGGAUAUGAGGAGAAGAGAAGAGAGAAGAAAGACAAAAUCAAGACUGUUCUUACUAAAGGCAUCGCUGGAAUUGGAAAAACCGUCUCUGUGCAGAAGUUCAUUCUGGACUGGGCCGAGGGAAAAGCCAAUCAGGACGUAGAUUUCAUGUUUGUGCUUCCAUUUAGAGAGCUGAACUUGAUUAAAGAUCACCAGUACAGUCUUCACAGACUUCUGCUGGACUUUCAUCCUGAACUUCAAUAUCUGGACUCAAAGAUGUAUGAUGAAUGUACAGUUGUGUUCAUCUUUGAUGGUCUGGAUGAAAGCAGAAUUACACUGAAGUUUUCAGGCGGUGAGAAAGUUUCUGAUGUGUCUGAGACUUCAUCAGUGGGUGUGUUGAUGUCAAACCUCAUGAAAGGAGAUCUGCUUCUCUCUGCUCUCAUCUGGAUCACCACCAGACCAGCAGCAGCCAAUCAGAUCCCCUCUAACUACAUCAACCGUGUGACAGAAAUUCAGGGAUUCAAUGACCCUCAGAAGGAGGAAUAUUUCAGGAAGAGAAUCAGUGAUGAGCAUCAAGCCAGCAGAAUCAUCUCACACAUCAGAAGAGCAAGAAGCCUCCACAUCAUGUGCCACAUACCCGUCUUCUGCUGGAUCUCAGCCACUGUGCUUCAAAACAUCCUGAAACAAGAUCUCAGUGCAGAAAUUCCUCAAACUCUGACUGAAAUGUACAUACACUUCCUGCUCAUUCAAAUAAAUAUGAGGAACCAGAAGUAUGAAGAGAGAGAUCCAGAGAAACCCCUGCAGUCCAACAGAGACGUGAUUGUGAAACUUGCUGAACUGGCUUUCAAUCAGCUGAUGAAGGACAAUGUGAUGUUCUAUGAGGAGGACCUGAGAGAGAGCGGCAUAGACGUCACUGACGCCUCAGUGUAUUCUGGGAUUUGCACUGAGAUCUUUAGGGAGGAAUCUGUGAUUUAUCACAGGAAGGUUUACAGCUUUGUACAUCUGAGCUUUCAGGAGUUUUUUGCAGCACUGUAUGUGUUUUUCUGCUAUUUACACAAGAACAGUGAAGUUCUGAAAAUGUUCUUGACUGGAAAGUCUAGAACUCAGUGUGGGAAUGUUUCUCUGGAUGUGUUUCUGAAGGGAGCAAUGAAUGAAGCCUUGAACAGUAAAACUGGACAUCUGGAUCUUUUCCUUCGAUUCCUUCAUGGCAUCUCACUGGAGUCCAAUCAGAGAGUCUUACAGGAUCUGCUGAUUCACACAGAGAACAACCCAGAGAGCAUCAAGAAAAUAAUCCAAAACCUCAAACGAGGUCAAAAAAACAAUGUCAGUCCUGAAAGAUGGAUGAAUCUGACACACUGCUUGAUUGAGAUGAAGAAUAAUUCUGUUGUUGAGGAAGUACAGAUGUUUUUAAAAUCUAAAGCAAAAAGUAAAAGUCUUUCUCUUGCACAAUGUUCAACAUUAGCAAACAUGAUCCUGAUGUCAGAAGAGGUGAUUGAUGAGUUAGACUUUAUGAAGUACAACAUCAAAUCAAAAGAGGGGAGAUGGAGACUGGUACCUGCUGUGAGGAACUGCAGAAAAGCUCUAUUGGCAAACUGUAAACUCACUGAGCAGCACUGUGAAAUUGUAGCUUCAGCUCUACAAUCAUCAAACUCCCCCCUGAGAGAGCUGGACCUGAGUAACAAUGACCUGCAGGAUUCAGGAGUGAAGCUACUUUGUGCUGGACUGAAGAGUCCAAACUGUCAACUCAACAUACUGAGAUUAUCUGGCUGUAUGGUGACAGAAGAAGGUUGUGCUGCUCUGGUAUCAGCUCUGAAUUCAAACCCUUCACACCUGAGAGAGCUGGACCUGAGCUACAAUCACCCAGGAGAAUCAGGACUGAAGCUGCUUUCUGAAGCACUCAACCAUCUGGACAAACUCAAUGUGGAUCACGGAGGAGAGUUCAUGAUGACACCAGGACCACAAAAGUACGCCUGUGAUCUCACACUGGAUCCAAACACAGCACACCCUCUCCUCGUUCUGUCUGAGGAGAACAGGAAGGUGACGCGUGUGGAAGAGAAUCAGUCGUAUCCUGAUCAUCCAGAGAGAUUUGAUAGGUGGGAACAGGUUCUGUGUGGAGAGACUCUGACUGGACGCUGUUACUGGGAGGCUGAAUGGAGUGGAUCUGCUGAAAUAUCAGUGGCUUAUAAAAGAAUCAAGAGGAAAGGAGGAUUGAGUGACUGUGUGUUUGGACGUAAUGAGAAGUCCUGGAGUCUGAACUGCUCUGAUCACGGAUUCACUGUCCGUCACAAUAAUAACUCCACUGUUGUAUCUUCUGGUCGUUCAGUCAGUAAGAGAGUAGGAGUGUUUGUGGACGUGUCGGCCGGCACUCUGUCCUUCUACAGCGUCUCUGACACACACACACUCACACACUUACACACAUUCACACACACAUUCACUGAUGAACCCCUCUGUGCUGGAUUUAGAGUUUCUUAUACAAACUCUUCAGUGUCUCUGUGUCACAUUAAACAACACACACACUGACACACACACACACACACACACACACACUGACACUGACUGACACACACACACACACACACAGUAAAAAAAAUUAAUUAUGCAUAAUUACACUAAUUAUGCGUGUAACACAGUUGAUCUUUGACUGUUAUUUCCAUUAAUGCUGAACGUUUGUCUCUCUGUGCUGUCGUUCAUUUCAGUGUUUUACAUGUUUUGUUGUUUUAAUGUUCAGUUUCAAACACUUUAUGAAUUUUCAUCAAAAGAGAGUUUGGAUUGAAUCUAAUACAGAGGAACUGUUGAACAGGAAAGUAAACGAGUCUGUGACAAAUAAUAAUAUAUAAUAUAAAGAAAUAAAGAAGUAUUCUCACUCGUA